AUGAGUAGCAACCCAGCGCUCAUGCUUGUUUCCUGUGACGACUAUGCGACAGAUGUCGAGCCCGCGCUCGCCGACGGUCCGCUCAAAAACGCGAUCGCAGCCAAGGAACCCUACCUUGCGGUCAAGAGCUGCCAGCAGAGCAUGAAACUGCUCAUGGACGUCACCAAGCUCCUCGAAACCGCGACCGCUGCGUCCCACGGGUUUCCUUGCAGCUCCGCGAUCAUCAACACUCUCGGUCGCUACCAGUCGCUGGUCGUCGACACGGACAUUGCUGCCGACGCGUUCCUUCGCGCCUGCAUGCAAGUCCUCAAGAACUACAAGACGGCAUUUGCCCUCCGCGACAAGAAAAAGUUCGACUUGGUCAAGAAGCUGCUCGCCUCGGCGACCAAGAUCGCCAAGCGCAUGGAAACCAUCGCGGACGAGCUCGCGACCACAUCGAAGGCGGCUGCGAGCAUCGCACAGGCGAGCCUCGAUGAGACGAUCAACGCCAACCCCACCGCCAUCCGCAUGAACCAGGAGCAAGACGAGACAAAGACAACGCGCAAGACGGAGACCGAGGACCAUACCGCAGCCAACAAGCGCUGCAAGUGCGAGGCCACGACCCACUUCAACAACAACAAGUGCGAGGCCAUGCCCGUCAAGGACGCAAACGAAAUGACGGCAACCGAUCGACGUGACAAUGAAGCCGUCAUCGCCGAGACGCACUUGGUGUGCAUCAAUGAUGUCGUUCCGCGCCAAGACGAGUGCAUCGCUGCGCUCCGGAAGCAGCAAAAGAGCAACCAGGCCAUCUCGGACAUCGUGCUCCAGCUCUCGAGCCCGCCUGGCAAGGGCGAGACGUACAACAUGGCCAUCGCGGCGCUCAAGAUGACGGUCCAGGCGCUCGGUAGCACCACCACGAGUUUCGAAGGCGUGCGCGAUUUUUGGUCCAAACUCGCUUCGAAGACCGAGGACGUGGACUUGCUCGUCGACUCCAUGACGGACGACUGGUACACGUGGCUCGCGCUCGCCAAGAUCAAUUACGCAGCCGUCACGGGCAUGGCCGACGUCAAGAAGUCUGUGCACCGCGUCAUGUCCGACUUGCCCAACUCGAUGGAAGCGGAAGCGCGCCUUCCAGGUCUUCUCAAGGAGCUCCAAGCGAUUCUCAAGGACAAAGAUACCGACAUCGCGGGUCAAAUCAAGCGAGUGGCGCAGCGCCUUUAUUAA